AUGCACGGCAUCCCUAGCGCGUGCCCCUUGGGACAAACCAGCUAUGAUCGCGUUCCAAGAUCCGAGCUUUCUCUCGGUACUUUCGUCAAACACCUUACGGGCACUCUCGAAUCUGCCCCCUUUGGAGUAGGCGCUAAUCAAGCCACUCUCGCAGUACAUGUCCUUGUCGAGGCCGAGCUUGAACGAGGUCCCAUGGACUUGCUCCGCCAGGGGCCGGUCAGAGAGCUGGCCGGCGGAUUUGAGGACGAUGGGGAGAGUGAAGCUGUCUGGCCGGAGCCCGGCCCUGCGCAUGGCGGAGAGGACGCGCAGCGCCUCGUGCGGGGACUCGAGCCUGCUGUAGACUCUGGCGAUGGUGUUGUAGUGAAAGGGGUGCGGAAAAUCCGACGGAGCUGCUUUAUAUUGGUAGAGGCGGAAACUUGGGCCGCGAUUGCUUUAGGAUCGUCGGAGAUUGGUCGGUGUGGUUGGAGGGCGAGAAAUUGGGCGGAAGGGCUUUCAUUGAAAUGGGAAAAUGUGCGAUAA